ACCACGUUCAUAUUUCUCGUCACAUCUGAAUACCCCAAAGCGUCCUAGCGCCCUAGCCACCCCUCUCGGUUCGAUCGCCAAGUGCGGCCACCACUCAACACCAGGCUCGUCCACAGCCUUACCCCAACUCCCCCACCGCUCACCAUCGGCUUUAGAACCUCGUGAUCUAAAUGUCCCUCCUCCGGACGGCCAAACCCACAUCUUCACUCCUCCUCAGCUUCAGGAAUCCCAAUCUCGCGCUCAGGACUGCUAGAGUUACAAUCAGACCUUUCUCAACUACCCUUCUCACUCCCCAGAAACAAGACGCCAUGGCUUCUGCUGCUAGGGUCGAUGACUUCCUCGACUUCGUUGGGUCGUCUCCAACGCCAUUCCACGCCGUCCAAUCCGCCAUCAAGCGCCUCGAAGCCUCAGGUUUCAAACCAAUCCAAGAGCGCGAAUCCUGGUCCACCACCCUGCAACCCGGCGGAAAGUACUACCUAACCCGCAACGGCUCCUCCAUCGUCGCCUUCGCCAUCGGCGCAAAAUGGAAAUCCGGAAACCCCAUCGCCAUGAUCGGCGCACACACCGACUCACCCACCCUGCGCCUCAAGCCCGUUAGCAAGAAGACCAACUCGGGCUUCCUCCAGAUCGGCGUCGAGACGUAUGGCGGGGGGAUCUGGCAUACGUGGUUUGAUCGCGAUCUGAGCAUUGCGGGGAGAGUCAUGGUGAGGGAUAAGGAGGGCAACUUUGUCCAGACGCUGGUUAAAGUUGAUCGGCCAAUCGUGCGGAUCCCGACGCUGGCGAUCCAUUUAGACAGGUCAUCAGAGUUCAACCCAAACAAGGAGACGGAACUCUUCCCCAUCGCCGGCCUCGUCGCCGCAGAACUCAACCGAACGGGCGUUAAGCCCGACGAGAAGAAAUCGGAGUCCGAGGCGGGCGAGGACUCGCACGCUUCCCCCCUCCGCGCCAUGACCGAGCGCCACCACCCCUACAUCAUGGAGAUCAUCGCCGAGCACGCCGGUGUUGCAGUCCAAGACGUAAUCGACUUCGAGCUCGUCCUCUACGACACCCAGCCCCCCUGCCGCGGCGGCCUCAACAACGAACUCAUCUACUCCGCGCGCCUCGACAACCUCGAGAUGACCUACUGCGCCGUCCUCGGGCUCAUCGAGUCCCUCUCCUCCCCCUCAGCGCUCGACGACGAAUCCUCCAUCCGUCUAAUCGCCUGCUUCGACCACGAGGAGAUCGGGAGCACGACCGCGCAGGGCGCGGCGUCGAAUCUGCUCCCUGCUGUGCUCCGCCGGCUCAGCGUGUUGCCAGCUCACGAGUCGGGGAGCGAGGUCUCGUAUGAGAAGGUGCGCAGGGAGUCGGAUGCGGAUAUCUCGACGGCGUAUGAGCAGACUCUCGCGUCGUCGUUUUUGAUCUCAGCCGAUAUGGCGCAUUCUGUCAACCCCAACUAUGCGCAGAAAUACGAGUCCGAUCAUAGGCCGGAGAUGAAUAAGGGGACGGUUAUUAAGAUUAAUGCUAAUGCGAGGUAUGCUACUAGCUCGCCGGGGAUUGUGUUGUUGCAGGAGAUGGCACGCAAGGCGAAGUCGGGCGGUAAGACGGAGGGGGAGGGGGGUGUGCCGCUGCAGUUGUUUGUGGUAAGGAAUGAUUCCUCGUGUGGAAGCACGAUUGGUCCUAUGCUGUCUGCGGCUCUGGGAACGAGGACCCUGGAUCUGGGGAAUGCGCAGUUGAGUAUGCAUAGUGUGAGGGAGUGUGGCGGGGCGGAGGAUAUUGAGCAUGCGGUCAGGUUGUUUGAGAGUUUCUUUGAGAACUUCUCCGCGCUGGAGGGGAAGAUCUUGGUGGAUUAGAUGGUUAGCGGGGGAGGCGGGGUGUGCUAGUGGCGGGGGAGGAGGUGAGGCGGUAAGUGUCGAUGGUGACUGCUCCAUCGUCGCCGCUAUCUUCCAAGUAUCGCAGUAGCGCAAGCUUCUCUCCAAACAAAAAUUAAAUCUUUUUUCUACCCCCA